CCCUGAGGAGCAUUAUUACAAUACAGCCUUCUGGCGCUCACCCCCCACAGCUCUGCACUCAUUAGUUGAGGCCAGAGACUCUGUGCAGCAACCAGGAGGAAGCAUCCAGAAGAAGGAGGCUCUGUGGGCUCAGCAAGACUGGAGCUCCAGUCCCGGCCCUGCCACUCCAGUCCUGGACGUGGGGCAAGACUUCUCUGAGCCCCCAUUUCCAUGUGCAGAGAGAGGACAGAGGGCCCUGCAGGCCCAGUCCUGCAUCGGUGGGCGGCCCACUCUCUGGGUGGCCCACUCUCUGGGUGGGUGGGAAGGUGAGCCCAGCCUCACUCGUAACCUCACCUCCGGGAGGGGGUGCGACUGCACAAGGGGGCAGACCAGGGGGCGGGGCCUGGUGGGCCUUGGUUCUGCCUGGGGACUGCAGGGGAGACAGCAGGGGAGCCCCCGCCCAAAGGGAGAGGGACCAAGAGCCAGCCGGGUGCCCCUGGUGCCUGGGCUGGGGGCUGAGGCUCUGACCACCAGCGGCUCCCUCCUCCUCCUCUCUGAGGGGCUGCAGCUGGGCAGGGACUCAUGGCCGCCCACCUCCUCCUGCCUGAGCUGGCCCUGCUGCCGCCCCGCCCCUAGGAUGAGAGAGACUCUCAGAGAACCAGAGAAAAGGAGGGACAGACACCCAGAGACACAGCGACUGACUCCUAAGGAGGACGAGGGCAAGGCCAUGCGUCUGGCCCCGCUGCUGCCCCUGCUGCUGCUGCUGCUGCCGCCGCCAGCAUCUCCACAGGCUGGUCGCUGGGCAGAACCCAGUCCACACUCUGACUUUGGGAUGAACCAACCAAAGAAACUCUCAGCCCCCGAGGGCGGCUCCAUCCACAUCCCCUUCUCCUUCUAUUACCCCUGGGACUUAGACAAGGUUCCCAACGUGAGGAUAUCCUGGAGAUGGAAACAAUUCCAUGGGGAGUUCAUCUACAACACAACCCCGCCUUUCACUCAUAAGAAGUUCAAGAACCGGCUCGUCCUGAACUGGACAGAGGGUUGGAAGGAUGGCUCCCUCCAGAUCCGGAACCUGAGGAGGGAGGACGAGGCGGUGUACUUCUGCCGGGUGGAGUUGAACACACGGCAAAAUGGCAAGAAGAUGUGGCAGUCCAUCGAGGGGACCCAACUCUUCAUCACCCCGGCCACCACCACAACCACUGCCGCCGCCGCCACCACCACCACCACCAUCACAGUUGGCCUCGGGGACUCAGAAGGGAAACAGAGUUCAGAGUCUUGGCCUCUGAGUAUGGGAGCUACAGCUGGGUUGGCACUGGCCGGUGCUGUGCUCAUAACAUUAAUUGUGGGGCUGAUUGUGUACUUCACGUGCAAAAGAAGCAAAGGUCUGCAGACUAAGGCCAGAACCCCAGCCAGGGGAUCCUUCCAAAAUAUGGAGGAGAAAUACGAGAACACUGGGAAUAAAGUGCAACAUACAAACCCCAAACUGGACCCCAAGGAUGAUGGCAUAUGCUAUGCCUCCCUCACCCUCUCCAGCUUGACCUCACCGGCAGCACCUACCUGGCCCCCUCCCCAUAGGGGCCCCCAGGAAGAGACCGUAUACUCUGCCUUAAAGGCCUAAGGAGUAGUACUGAGUGAGGACCUCUUUAGAGUCAGCUGCACACAAAGAUCUGUUUCCUAUUAUCACCACAGCCAGACACAGACGAUGCAGAAGCCAGUGGGUGCUGAAGGCCACCAAGGACCUGACAGACACACAGUCACCUGCUCCAAUUCCCUCUUCAAAUUUCUACCCCUUGCCCACAAAAAUAAAAGUACCUGUAGAAUUUGCCUGAAUG